AUUCUCAUUUGGGUUUUUACUAAUAUUGCGGAGGUUUGUAGGUUAUUAGCUCCUUCCAUUUCCCACGUUCUCUUCUAGUUGCGAUACAAGUGAAAAAUGCUGAGAUCUUUCAUCUUGAGAGCAACCAAACACCAAAGCAUUCAUCUUCUUCAUCACUUCGAUCUUCAUAGAGGGUUGCAUAGUAGAAAUAAAAAGGCUUUGGAGUUUAUAGCGAAAGGAUUCAGUGCCUUACGGGAAGUUGAUAGAGUCAUCGAUUACACUGAACCGAAUGACCCUCGUCUCUUCCCUCUUCUCCGAACUGCAAAGGAGAACUUUGAGUUGGCAUUGGAGGCAGACAAUGGGAACACACAUGCAAGGUACUGGUUGGCCAGGCUGCAUUUGAAAUACCAGGUCCCUGGGGCCUGUAAAGCAAUAGGAGCAGCUUUGCUGGUGGAAGCUGCAAACACGGGUGAUCCAGAUGCACAAUAUGAAUUGGGUUGUCGUCUAAGAGUUGAGAAUGAAAAUGUCCAGUCAGAUCAGCAAGCUUUCUAUUACUUGGAGAAAGCAGUUGACCAGUUGCAUCCAGGUGCUUUAUACCUUCUAGGUGCUGUAUAUUUGACAGGGGACUGUGUUAAGAAAGAUAUUGCCUCUGCAUUGUGGUGUUUCCAUAGAGCAUCAGAAAAGGGACAUGCCGGUGCAGCAAUAGCAUAUGGAUCACUUCUUUUAAAAGGUGCUGAAGUCCCUGAAGCCAUAACAAUAUUUAAUUCGAAAAGAAAUCUGUCAAAAACAGUAGGGUUGGAAAAGCCUGCAAAUGAUGCAAUUGAGUUGGCCAGCGAACAAUUCCAGAAAGCUGCAAAGGCAGGAUGUGAUCUUGGAUUUCAAUGGUUGAAAAGGCUUGAGGAUGAAGAGAAAGCUCAGGUUGUUGAAUAAAUCAUGUCGACAUGGUACAGGUAUUAUCCAACCAUGCAUUAGUCAUAGCUUUGGGCUGGAAGGCAGUGGAUAAAGAGAUCAACAUGGCUAUGGAGGUGCUUUAAUUGUUA